AUGACACAAAACUCAUCGUAUGAUAACUAUGCCUUUUAUGAUGAUAAUAAAGUUGGCGAUGGUUUUGAUCGCCAAAAACAGCAGCACCGGGCUAUUAGCAAUGAAGUAGCCGUCAAAGUAACUAAUGUGCAACUGGCAUAUGGCAGACACCAGGUGCUCACCGGUAUUAAUAUGACAGUACCGGCCAGAAGUAUAUACGGUUUACUAGGACCGAGUGGUUGUGGAAAGACAUCAUUACUCCGGUGUGUUGUGGGCAUACGGGCGCCCGAUAGCGGCCACAUAUCAGUAUAUGGAAAAGUGCCGGGACAUCCAGACAGUGGUAUCCCUGGACCCGGAUUAGGAUAUAUGCCGCAAGAAAUUGCACUUUUUCUAGACUUUUCAAUCUAUGAAACAUUCAAAUACUUCGGACGACUCUAUCAAUUAAAUGAGACUCACGUUAGCGAACGAACCGAUGAAUUGAUUUCUUUAUUAAAUUUACCAAAUAAACACAAAUUCAUCAAAAAUUUGAGUGGGGGUCAGAAGAGGAGGGUAUCGUUGGCGGCAGCGCUUAUACACUCGCCUCCACUACUUAUUCUGGAUGAGCCCACAGUUGGCGUAGACCCCGUCCUCCGACAGAGUAUAUGGAAUCACAUGGAGAUGUUGUGUCGGGAAUUGGGUCUCACAAUCAUAAUCACCACUCAAUACAUAGAGGAGGCCCGCAGUGCAGACGUCGUGUCAUUCAUGCGAAACGGAAAGCUACUGAUGGAGAGAAAUCCCAUCCAACUGUUGAAUGCCAUGAAUUUGCCAUCACUUGAGUCCGUCUUCUUGAAGUUGUGUCAACUCGAGAGUAACGACACCAGAGAUGCUAAGGAAGUGGAGUCCGCUUUCGUUGAUAACAACCAUUUGAGCGAAACUUAUGAAUUGAAAAAUAUAUCCACCGGACAGCUAAUGCCGGCGCCAAACAGCGCCAUCACCUCUUAUAAUGAGCCAACUCGACGGCUGACAAACACAUCGAGAUUUGCAUUCAUGGGACGUAUCAGUGCUCUGAACUGGAAGAAUAUCACAGGAAUCCGUAGAAACCUAUCAAUGCUGGUCAUCCAGUUCCUGAUGCCGUCGUUUCAAUGUCUACUCAAUUUCACAUGUCUGGGUCCCGACCCCUACGACCUGCCCAUUGCUGUCUACAACGCCGACAGACCGGCCGUUAUGAGUGACCUAUUCUUGAGGUCACUGAACAACCAGACCAUGACUUUGAUACCGUUUGACUCAUUAGAGGCAGCGCUCGAUCGGGUACGAGAGGGCCGGGCGUGGGCUGUCAUCACGUUUGCCGCCAAUUAUAGCCGAAUAAUGCAGAGUCUGGCCUACGAGGAGGUGAUUGAGACGAUCCCGAAGAUCGGUGUAUAUCUCGAUACCACUAAUUAUGUGAUCAGUAAUACCAUACAAAAGGAGUUAUAUUUGACGUACAAUAAGACGGCUCUCAUUAUGGCUGAGUUGGCCGGCGCUAACAUAUCUGCCUCCGGCCUCCAGAACCCCAUAUCUAUCGAUGGUAUCAUAUAUGGUGUGGAAUCACCUCAAAUGACCGAGUUCAUGGCACCCGGUCUCAUAUCAAUGGCCAUAUUCUUCGCAGCCAUGGCUUUGACGGCAAUUACAUUAGUAUUGGAGCGAAAGGACGGGGUGUUUGAGCGGACACUAGUGGCCGGAGUGAAGACAUUUGAGUUUAUUGUAUCGCAAAUUAGUACCCAAUUAAUAGUACUGGCCGUACAGGUGCUGCUCAGCAUUAUCACCAUGUUUUACAUACUGAACAUCGACUCGAAAGGGUCUAUAGUUUUGGUGUAUUUAAUAACACUAAUGCAAGGCAUGUGCGGAAUGGCAUUAGGACUGGUAGUGUCGGCGUUCAGCGAGAACGAGAGCCAAGCGCUGGCUAUGUCUAUGGCCUCAUUCCUCCCGGUGUCCAUCAUAUCGGGCAUCUUCUGGCCCGUGGAGGCGAUGCCGGCUUUCAUGAAACCCAUCAGUUAUUACGGACCCCAGACCCUCGCCUUAGACUCCAUGCGCUAUGUUAUAUCCAGGGGUUGGGAUAUCUAUAACAUGAAUGUCUUGUAUGGUAUUAUAUCACCGAUGGUCUGGUUUGUACUUCUGGUCAUAACCGCUGCCAUUGUGAAUGGCGUGGAAAUGGCCACUGAGGAGGAGAUCGACCACAUGGCGAGAGUGGCCUUAUUUUACGGCGACGAAGAGCUCAAUUGCACGGAUGAUGUCAAAAGUGAUGUCAAUAAAUACUGCAGAGAUGAGUCGUUUUGGCACUUAUGCGGCGGCACUAAGAUCGAGGAGACCGGCGCUAAAGACAUCCGAUUUCUGUUUCUCAACGUCUUAUUGCAAGCCCAGAAAAAGGCCACAACAAUCACCUUGAUCCAAUUCAAUUGUUAUACCCGACUGUUUAUGGAGCAAGUGGCGUCAGUACACAAAACUAAGGAGGAUCAGGCUAUUGUGAGGCAGCACAUGUACGAUACCUUUUUCUGGGCGUUGGACCACCUGGAUAAGUUGCCUAAAAAGCAGCGAGAAAAUGCCAAAUUCGCGGACGAAUGCGACUUCUCUAACGUGGAGUACGCGGGCGAUAGCCGUGUCUAA